CACUACUCAUGGACAAAAUUUUCUUUUACAGAAUUUUCCAAUAAAGUGUUGUCCACUACUAAGUAGACCUUUAAUAGGCGCGUAAUUAGCACGUUUCAGCCGCGAACUGGUUUUAACAUAAACUUUUAGUAACUUAACGAAUGUUAAAAAGAGAUAAUGUUAACAAAAUGUUCACACAUAAGUGAAGCCUUCUUAAUUUCUUAAUCCAUUUUAAAUGAAAGUGGACAAACCUGUCUUAAGACGACUGUAACGUUAGCUUAAACGUGCAUUAACCUUGUUAAAAGUAAAGCCUCCUGACAACAGUUUUUAUUGCAUAAAAUGCAACACCUUUAUGUAGGUCUAUUACGGUCAGGUACCUAGGUAUUAAAUGACGAUUGUAAUUGAUCGAACAAUCAGAAUUUCGUUUACAAGGAUCAAAUCACCAACAUUUUUAUGGAAUGUGACCUCAUAAAGCAUUCAUAUUUUACGAUAUUGAUUUGUAUAAUUACCGGAUUCUGUAAAUAAGUAUUGAACAAUGCCCGACCUCGAUCUUUUCUCCUACUAAGUAAUUGCUUCUAAUUAAGUUUGUCGUGAUUCCACGCAAUGGCCACUGCCCAUACUAUCUACCUUAGAUAAGGUGAUUGUUUCAUACUUCACCAUGGUAUAAUAGGAAAUGUUAAAGUCAUGGCAUUUAACGAUAUAGAUAAUAACAGAAAAAGUAUAGUAGGACAAGGUCAAUUUAAAAACGUUUGUUAUCGAAACUUAUCGAAUACUCAAAAAUAUAAUAGAAUGCUGUAACUUAUCGGAACGAAUUGUUUUACUAGCGGAAAGAAUACAUUUACUUAUUUUAGUCAUGUGAUCUUACAUGACCGAUACAGCUUUGUUUUUAAUGUCGUAUGAUGGUAACAAGUGUACAUGAAAUCGACUAUUUCUUUAAAGUAUUUCUCAAUGAUAUGCGAGUAUUUGUUAGUAAGUUAAUAUUGAACGUUAGUGUCGGAUAUUACUUUAUUAUGAAUCAUAAAUGUUGGAAAAUUACUUAGAUUUUUAAUGGUUUCUACCAUUGAUACGAAUAUAGUACUUUACAUGAAUCCACGUAGAUUAUAAGCUGAUAUAACACAGCAAGCGGUAUUUAGCAAUGAAGAGGUUGCACUAUUCUUAACUUAAUUUCAUUUUCAUUGGUUUCUUAUUCUAGACAGUUAUUAUGGUUUCACAUCAAGCUUGACAUGCACUCAAAGAUACAAUAUACAAUAAUUAUAGUCUCCAACCGGCAAAGGGAACAGGGUUCAAGCUACCUGGUUAGGGCUCGCCAGAGAAGAACCUCCUCACGAUUCGCGCCGGGUCAAGAAGUAUCACUUUCUGAAUCAAGCAUUUUACCCUCCUCAGGUGUUGAUCGAGGCUCUUGGCUAUUAAGUCAUUGGCACUUACGACCAUCGGGACAAUGCAUGCCGAGUCCACCUUCCACAAGUAGACAACCUCGAUGCAAUGGAUGACCUUCGCCAUGAUAUCUUCUACGUUAUCAGCGUAUCGAACGGGUCCAUCGAAUGUCGUCUUCAUUAUGGUGGAUGAUAUGGGUUGGAAUGACGUAUCUUUCCACGGGUCAGACCAGAUACAUACUCCGAAUAUCGACGCUCUGGCAUACCAGAGUGUGAUACUUCAGCAGUAUUACAGCGAAGCCAUAUGCACACCGGCACGAACCGCCUUACUCACAGGAAAAUACCCUAUGCGGUUAGGAAUGCACGGUCAACCACUCUUUAAUUCCGAAGACCGUGGUAUACCGCUAUCAGAGCGUCUUUUACCGUCUUAUAUGAAGGAGUUGGGCUACUCGACUCAUUUAGUGGGUAAAUGGCACGUAGGGAUGUCCAGGCCGGAGUACCUGCCCAUGUCGCGUGGGUACGACCAUCAUUACGGCAUGAGAGGCGGUUACGUCGACUAUUACACAUACAACAAAAUUGAAACGUGGCCAAAUGGACGACAAUUGUUCGGUCUGGAUCUGUACGAUGAUGCAACACCACAAGAUUGCGAGCAACGGUACAUUGUCGAUGCUCUCACCGAGAAAGCUGUUAAAAUCAUCCAGUCGCACAACGCAUCGUCCCCCUUGUUCCUGCACAUGACGCACAACGCGCCGCACGCGGGCAACGAGGGCGGCGCGCUGCAGCCGCCGCUACACGCGCCCGUCGGGCACAAGCACAUCGCCAACUCCGACAGGCGGCUAUAUGCUGAAAUUGUGACUCACAUUGACCGCAGUAUCGGCAAAGUUGUUCGAGCACUAGCGGACAGAGGAAUUCUCGACGAUACGAUUAUAAUAUUCGCUUCUGACAAUGGAGCGCCGACUGUUGGUGCCCUAAGGAACUGGGGAGUUAACUUGCCAUUCAGAGGAAAGAAAUAUACUCCCUGGGAAGGGGGAGUUAGAGUCCCAGCGUUUAUAUGGCAUUCGUCCUUUAGGCCCAACGUCUGGCCAGGUCUUAUGCAUAUCAGUGACUGGUUACCAACUCUAACUGCUGCGGCAGGAGGCAAGAUAAAAACAAAUAUAGACGGAGUCAACCAAUGGGAAUCCAUUGUUAGAAAUCUACCAUCGAAAAGAAAAGAAGUUCUCAUAGCUAUUGAAGAUACUGACACAAAUGCAUGGGCUGCUUACAGAGCAGGAGAUUAUAAAAUCGUCGUUGGCAACGUCACUGGGGUUAGUAAUGGAUAUUAUGGAGCGGAAUUUUUAGCUAAUAGAAAGACCCCUCCAGAAUAUUAUUCGGUGUUGAGGACUUGCGAAGUGGCGAGAGUGUUCGAGGAGAUGGGUGUAUACUUGGAUUUCGAGGAAGUGAGGGCCACAAGGAGAGCGGCUACAAUUAGACAAGAGGAUCCUGUGAAAGAUCCUACGCCUUGUAUUCCUACACUAACUCGCGGCUGCUUAUUUAACGUGAAACUAGAUCCAACAGAAAGCCACGAUUUAUGGGACAGAGCUAAUAAUAUAGCAACAUUACUGACAAGUCGAUUGCGUGGCUUAUGGGCAACACAGUUACGCCGAGGGGAUGCCAAGCUAGACGAAGCCGCUGAGCCUUCGAACUACAACUACGUGUGGACCCCAUGGCUUAUACAAAGCAACAGGACUCAAAGUUCUAGAGCAAGAAACCUUAAUAACAAGGGGAGUGAGAACUUUAACCUCUCGUUAAACUUCAGCCAGCAAAAGACAGUGAACAAAAACACGGCGACGGUCGCCACGUCCAUCAGCUGUGAAGGCACGUCGGGCCUCAGGAACUUUUUGUGCCUCCUAAGGAAUGUGUUCUAAUUAAAUUAUUUAUGUUGUUUUAAUUCGAGCGAUUUGUUCGGGAAUAUUACUAAGGACGGUCUAUUUACAGUACGACCAUACUAUUGCGUGAAUUCAAUAUGCAGUUGAGAUUUGGUAUAAAUGAUGUUUGAAGGAAUAGUGUCCUUUGACUAUUCGUUAAUUCGACGCUGUUGUUAUUUUGCCAUUGUUCUCAUAAUCUUGUAAAGAUUAGAAAAGUCAAUUCGUCGUUGAGCUACUGAUUAUGUAUUUUAACCCCCUCCUGUCCACGUAAACCGCACGAGAUGAAUGCGUUGUACGUCAAUAGUGUACUUCACAACCUGACGCGCCAGUGGCGCCAUUUGUGAGCAUAAGAACAGUAGUCAACAAAGCUGCAUUGAUUCCAAUAUUAAAUUGUAAUAAUUGACGAUUAUUCCGUAAAUAGCUAGUUAAUAUUAAUUAAAUUGAUUCUGUGCAUGUAAGGGAAGCGUUGAUGUGAUGUUGUACAAAUGAGUUUGUUUUGUGUAUGAUAAUUUAAUGUGUAUUGUCAUUUUAAUAUUGCGAACCACUUCUUUUUUGUUAAAUUAUCAUUUGUUUAGCAGUGACCAGAGUAAAGAACCUGCUGAAAAACUAUUUUUACUUACACCUACAAAGAAUAAAGAUCCCUACUUUGAAACAAAUUAAUGAUGGUAGGCGUAAGGCCUACUUGCUUUGAAGAA